CGUUGUUACCAACCUUCACUAAUAAGACGCUAAUGGAAUCAGUGAACUCGGACAAAAUGACCUCUACAUUCAACUACGUCACUAUUCCUCCUUGCGCAACACUCCUCCACACAAGAACUCAUCGAACUUCUUCACCUCAACUCAGAAAGCAAAGUAAUUCCAGGGGCAAAUCCUCACCAAUAAUACGAACAUCUCUACCACGAUCUAUAUCUGAGGAUGAUACCGACUCUCCCAACUCUGCAGGCAGCAUGGGCUCACCAAUCCUGAAAGGUUUCGUGACCAGCUCUACCUUCAAUUUGAUACCACAAGUGCUGUUGUCGUCUGCUGGAGUGCCUACCAGCCCUCAAGGAACGUCUCCAGCUGCAGGUACAAGUGGGAACAGUGGCAGUAACCCAGGUGGGAAACGCACGAAAAGGUACUUCAAUCAGCGCGAACCGGUCGUGCUGCUCUCGAACAGGGACCCACUAUCAAUACCCAUCAUGUCUGUGAACUUCAAACAGUUCGUUGAACGUGUCGGACCCGUCUUUUGGCUGCAAGAUAGGAUUGAAGAAAUUGUAUUUUGGCGGAGAGGCUGGAGAAUGACUUGCACAUGGCUUGCGAUAUACGCUUUCAUUUGUUACUUCCCGAAAUUGGUAUUGCUUCUACCCCAUCUUGGCCUUAUUGGAAUCAUGCUUUCGACGUGUCGAUACCCGAAACCCAAACCGCCGCCGGUUCCAACUUUAUUCUCUGCGGCUGGACCACCACCACCUGAGACCAACGCGAAUACCUCAACACCACCACUGCCUCCCCCUGUUGCACAGGAUAACAUCGACUGGCAGGCCAAUGUCCAAGCCAUCCAGAAUCUGAUGGGCUUCUACGCAACAACCCACGCCAUGGUCACCCCUCAUCUCUCCCAUCUUUCGUUGGCCCCUGGCUCCGAGACCGCAAAACCAAAAUCACCCUACGCCCUCCCUCUUCUCACUUUCCUCGUACUCACACUCCUACCAACCCUCUUCCUUGUCACUUCUCCCUACUUCCCAUUCCGCCUCGUUGCUUUGGUCGCUGGUGCUGGACCCGUCAUCCUUCUCCAUCCAUACAUCUACAGCCUCAUCACAACAUACAUUGCCCAGCGUAGAGUCACAACCUGGGUCUUCACUCUCCGUCUCCCUCCAACCAUAAGACAUCUCUUACCCUUGAAAUGGAAAACCAGAAUCCCCGAGUUCAUCCAACUGAACCAGACGUCGCUGAGAAAAAAGUUUCGAUGGACGGUUCAGAGGCUCAUAGACGACAACAAUCUCACCGAUGAGUGUUGGAAUAGCGAGAUUCGAGAAGUCGAGCUUUGGGAAAACGAGAGGUUGGAUAGAAUUCAAGCUUUGGCGAGGGCUAGGUCGCUUUCAACUUCGUCUUCGUCUUCUGGAAGUGGAACGGUAACUGAGGAUGACGAAACGUCUGGUCCUCAGCCUACCGUACGGUUGAGCCGGAUUGUGACGAAUGUUAGUCCUGUUACGGGAUGGAGCAAGAGUAAUUUACGGUCUGGUGAGAGGGCCUCCUGGACGAGAGGACGGGAUGGAUGGAGUGGCGUCGGGUCGGAUGGGUCUGUUAGCAACCUUACCUUUGCUCUUUCGCCCGGCUGGAACUUUGUGUCGACUGAAGAUUGGAGAGCCGAUUUGGAGGCGAGCUGGGCUGGGAGUGGUGAUGAGGAUGGUUGGGUGUACACGAAUGAUUCGUGGGUUGAACCUCAACCUUUUCCUUACCAGGGUGCUGUAACACGACGAAGACGGUGGGUGAGGAGGAUAUGGUAUGAUGUGAAAUCUUCGGAGAAGGAGAAGGAGAACAGUGUAGGCUCCUAGGCAUUACCUAAUACAUUCCCGGUUGCGGUUUAUCGAACAGUGUUA